GAGAAAUUGGGGGAUCUUGAUACCUCUCUGGCAUCCAGCAGGCACUUACUAAAUGGCCAAGUCAUUGUUUGACUUUCUAAAUAAGGCUCUAUUAGUGGCCGGGUCUGGCCGCGGUCCCAGUGUCCCCGGGCGGCCCGCCUAGGGGCGGACACAGGGCGUACUAUAAAGCAGCAGCGGCGCACUCUGGGGCACUGCGGAGCCUAGGGUGGUGGAGGAACAGAAUGGAGAUCCCUGUGCCUGUGCAGCCGUCUUGGCUGCGCCGCGCCUCGGCCCCGUUGCCUGGGCUUUCGGCGCCCGGGCGCCUCUUCGACCAGCGCUUCGGCGAGGGGCUGCUGGAGGCCGAACUCGCUUCGCUCUGCCCCGCCGCGCUGGCGCCCUACUAUCUGCGCGCACCCAGCGUGGCGCUGCCUGCCGCCCAGGUGCCGACAGACCCAGGGCAGUUCUCGGUGAUGCUGGAUGUGAAGCACUUCUCGCCAGAGGAAAUCGCUGUCAAGGUUGUUGGCGAACACGUGGAGGUGCACGCACGCCACGAGGAGCGCCCGGAUGAGCACGGAUUCGUCGCACGCGAGUUCCACCGCCGCUACCGCUUGCCGCCUGGUGUGGACCCUGCCUCAGUGACGUCUGCGCUGUCCCCUGAGGGCGUCCUAUCCAUCCAGGCUGCACCUGCGCCAGCCCAGGCUCCACUGCCGCCAUCAGCAGCUACUGCCAAGUAGAGUUCUGGGCUGGCCUGAACCCCGGGAGUCACCUCAGACCCCUCUUUUAAAGCUGAUCUGACUCUGCCCAGCCAGAUGUCAUGAGCGUGCCAAGAACAUCUGCUCACCCAAUCUGGGAUCCUGCCAUUACCCUUCGAACCUAGACUCAGCCCAGAUAACCUAGACCUUUCCACUGACUCUCCUGCUCUCAUACUCCCUCAGCUUUCAACACCCCCACACCUCCCUAGUUUCUAGACCUUACAAACACAAUCCCUCAGCCUAGUCUCGCAUCCCCACUGAACCCACUUUCUUGGCAUGUAAGCCCACUUAAAACUCCCUCCUAUUUCCUUCUGACUCCUCUACAAACACAUCUCUACUCUGACACCAUAUUAUGGUGUAGACAGCCCUGUCCCCACCCUAGGACAGUCAAGCAUAAUCCCCUGUACCCCUCAAAUGUCCCAGACUGCACAGACCUCCCAUCCCAGACCAUCCAGGCCUGGUCCUCCACCUCAUUCCAACCAGACACUCCACUCCCUGCCACCCUGUCCCCCAACCCAUCUUCAGACUCUAGAAUUCCUUUUCUGACCCCCACCCAUGGACACCUAUUCUAGGCCAAUUAGGACCCUCAACCUCCAAAUGCAGACACCCUGCCCAUCUCACCAGAUUCUGUACAAUAACCUAGCUCCCAUUAGCAACUCUACCCAGAACCAACCCCAGUCACUGUCUUGACCUUCACGUCUCUAACUACAGGCAGUCCACCUUCCAGACCCCUCUCAUUACCCAAGAACCAGCCAAGUAGCCACUUUCUUUGAUUCCCCACGAUCUUUCUCCCUCCUUGAAUUCCCUGCUGCCCCAUCCCCUCACUCCUACCUUGGCCCACUCCCCCAAUAAAUGUGCUAGAGCUGUG